AUGGGUGGCCAGAAAUUCCAAUACGAUGAAAGUGGCGGAACCUUCUAUUAUUUCUUGCUAUCGUUCUUAGCACUUGUCUUAAUCCCGACAACAAUCUACGCUUGGCCGAGAAAGAAAAAAGAAGAUCCAGAGAAAUUGAGAGAAGAGUGUCAGUGCCCGCCAUGUAUAAAGAAGAAAGCGAUAAUCGCGGCCUCAGAACCGUACAAAAACCUGAAGACGUUCUGUACAAAAUUGCUCCUUGUUCUCGGAUGGGUGUUUCUCGCCUACUUAGCGUACCGGGUCUCGCAGUUCGACUAUGAAAUGGUGAACUUUGAUCCGUUCGAGAUAUUGGGAAUUCCACCUGAUUCAAGCCAAGCUGACAUCAAGAAAGCCUACCGCAAACUGUCCGUGGUUCUGCAUCCGGACAAAGAAACUGGUGACGAAAAGGCGUUCAUGAAACUCACGAAAGCAUAUCAAGCGUUGACCGACGAUGAGGCACGCAAAAACUGGGAAAAAUAUGGAAACCCCGACGGACCGGGAGCAAUGUCGUUCGGCAUUGCAUUGCCGUCGUGGAUUGUUGAGAAGGAGAACUCCGUAUGGGUCCUAGGCCUGUACGCCUUGGUGUUCAUGGUAGCUCUGCCCAUUGCCGUUGGCACCUGGUGGUACCGAUCAAUUCGGUUUUCCGGCGACAAAGUCCUUUUGGACACGGCACAAAUGUAUUUCUUUUUCUUCCACAAAACCCCCAAUAUGGCAUUGAAACGUGUCAUUAUGAUACUGGCGGCCAGUUUGGAAUUUGAUAAGCGACACAACUCUCAAGUUGUCGAACGCUUAUCGGAUAACGAUGAAGUGCCAGCUCUAAUCCGGCAUUUGCCGAAUCUGAAUGAAAAGUGCAAGGAGCAGCCGCUGUGUCGCAUGUACUCGAUCAAGGCCAGAGCCAUCAUCCACGCUCAUCUUAGUCGUAUCAUGCUCAAUCCAGACACUUUGGACAAAGACAGGCAGUUCAUUGUGAAGAAGUGCCCGUACCUCAUUCAGGAAAUGAUAUCCUGCGUUCAUCAUCUGGUCGUGCUCGCAUAUGCCAGAAGAAUUUCCAGAUUGCCAAAUAUUGAAACAAUUGAGAAUUGUAUGAAGUUGUCUCCUAUGAUCAUACAAGGCCUGUGGGAAUUCAAGAAUCCUCUGCUGCAGCUUCCAUAUCUAACUGAGGAUCACGUUCAUUUUAUUAUGAAGAAGAAACAUAUUAAAAACUUACAACAAUUUGCACAGCUCAAACCCGAAGAAUGCCGUCAAUUGCUGAGGAACUUCUCUGAUUUUGAAUAUGAAAAUAUCAUGAAAGUUUUGGGAAAAAUGCCUCUGAUUGAUUUCAGUAUUCGAUGUGAAGUUAUUGAUGAUGAAAAUACAAAUGUAGUGACAGCUGGAGCCAUAGUGACAGUUACAGUUACAUUGGUCAGAAAAAAUAUGAAGGACCUCUUUGGAGAUACCACAAGACCAGCUAAGCAGGAAAUAACUGAAAACGACGAACAACCAGACGUUAACGGUGAACAGAAUGAAGAGCAACAAACUGUAAAAAAGACAAACACAUGGGCUAAACCCAACAAGAAACAGCACAAAGGCAAGGGCGGCAAGAAGCCUGGCCCAGUUAAACCUAAACAACAUGCACCCUCAAAUGUUUCAAAGUCCCCUGCUCCCGGAGACAGUAAGAAAUCCGACAAUGGCCCUGUACAAGAGAAACCAACGAAAGCAGCUACCGCUACUGAAUCAGACAUCGACUCAGACGAAAGUGAUAAUGAAGAUAAAGAUGAUUUGGGUGCAUCAAGCGAUGAGAAUGAGAAGAAAUCAUCAGUGGAAGAUGAUGAUGAUGUUGAAUGGGAGAGACUGCAACAGAAACUGAACAAACGUGAAAAACUAGAAGGAAAGUCGAGAAUUUCACAUAGUGUACAUAGUCCUUAUUUCCCGGAGGAUAAACAGGAAUAUUGGUGGACAUAUAUUUGUGAUAGGAAGUCUCGAACUCUGCUUACGGCGCCGUAUCAUAUAACAAAUUUGGUUGAUCGGGAGGAAGUACAAUUGAAGUUCACAGCACCACGAUGGCCUGGAGUUUACACGUUAACAGUUUGCCUGCGAUCAGAUUCUUAUAUUGGAAUGGAUCAGCAACAAGAGCUUAAAUUAGAUGUCCAGAAAGCACCUGAAAUCACAACAGAUCAUCCACAAUGGGAUAUUAGCGAGUCAGAGUCUGAACACAAUGACCAGCAAGAAAAUGAAAGUGAAUUUGCGACUGAUACAUCGGAAGAUGAAGAAUAGCAUAUUUUUUUAUCUUCUUUUAUAUAAAUGUCAAUGUAGGUUUCUUUGUUGAUUUUUUCACCUUUUAUAUAAUAUAUUAUAUUGAGCUAAUAACAUCAUCGUUAAAAGCAAGUUUAAUUACUUUUAAUGAUUUCUAUUUAUGUUCUGCGAACUAAUUCUGGUUUAAGAAACAAGGAAGAGAAAUCAAGUGAAUAUCGGGGAGUCUAAAUAGUCUAAAUCAAGGGCAACAUGCAUGUACGUUUUCAAAUUUUCUGUAGAUUUAUAUUUACCUUUUAAGUAAAGCUUAGAUCGGUGACUAUGAACAAAUAAACAAAAAAAAAUCCUUAAUAGGUUUAAAUUAGCUAAAUUUUAAUUUUCGUUUCGCAAUCGAUUCUAAAUCUCGAACCUGUUGAACAGUAAUUUUUUGUUCCUAGCGGUUUGGUGAAUUUAUAUUACUUUACUUUAAAACGGAAUCGACCUCUUGAAAAACGACAAAAAGACAUUCAUCUCACGUCACACAUCGAAGCAUGUUAGAUGUGGUUGCAAACACAUCGUACCCAAGGAAUUGCGAUUUUCUUUCUGGAACAAAGAAAGUUUCUUUAAUUUUUGCAUUUAAAUUACAAAAUUCUGAUUUUUAUAGAAAAACGAUCCAAAAUAUAACAAAAAUAUUUGUGUCUCUUAUAAGUAAGAUACCUCUGAAUAAUAUGAACAAGCAUUUCAUAAUCAUUCUAUCGGAAUAUUCAAGAAAGAGAGAAGUGUUGAAUAUUGUAUAAUGUAGAUUUCACAGAUUUCGUGUAAAGUUCUAGUUUCCAUACUAAAUCAUAUAAUACAAGUCUGUGCUACAUAUAUUAUCCUGUUCUGUUCCAACUUUUUGUUUCAUGAUCUUAAAAAGGAUUCAUAAAAAUUAUACACGUGAAAUGAAACUUUAUAAAUUACAAUGAAAGUAUGAGAAUGGACGGUGUAAACUGUAUUGAACACAAUAAUUUAAAAAGAGAAAGAGAGAAAUGUCUUCUACAAAACUCGGAUGUUUUUAUAUGUAAACUUAUUAGAAAUUCAUGUAUUUUUGUCAAUUUAAACAACAAAACAAAGGCGAGAAAAAAAACCAAAUUGUUUAUAAAUAAAUUUAUGAAAAAUCGAAA